AUGGGGUGCGCAGGAGCGGGCUGCCUGGCAGCGCUGGCCGUGUUGUGCGGGGCUCUGGGGGAUGCUCCCAGCCAAGGCAUCAAAUGCGGCGGGGUGCUCUCGGCACCCUCCGGCAAUUUCUCCAGCCCCAACUUCCCGGGGCCGUACCCCUACGAGACGGAGUGCACAUGGCUGAUCGUGGUGGCCGAGGGCUCCUCCGUCCUGCUCUCCUUCAGCCACUUCGAGCUGGAGUACCACGCUGCCUGCGCCUACGACUACCUCCAGGUCUACAACGGGGCCGCCCGGGACCGGGGCAACCUCCUGGGCACCUUCUGCGGCCGCAGCCCCCCGCCACCCUUCUCCUCCGCCUGGCACGUCAUGGCCGUCGUCUUCCGCUCCCAUCGUGAGUGCCAGGAGGUGUUCACCGCCAUCAAAGGGAAUUUCUCCAGCCCUCGGUACCCCAACUUCUACCCCAACAACCUCAAGUGCCAAUGGAGCAUCCAGCUGCCCCCGGGCUACCGGGUCAAGGUCUUCUUCUUGGACAUGGAGCUGGAGGGCCGGAGCAGCCUGACGGGCGGCUGCGACUACGACCACGUGGCUGCCUUCGACGGCGGCACUGAGAAUGGAUCCCUGCUGGGGCGGUGGUGCGGGCGGGAGAGCCCGGUGCCCGUCACCUCCCGGCACAGCCAGCUGCUGCUGGUCCUCCACACCGACCGCAACACGGCCAAGAGGGGCUUCUCCAUCGCCUACGUGGGAGUUGUGCCCAUGAACGUCAGCUGCACCCGAACCGACUUCCACAUCCAGAUCCCCGUGCAGUCCCUGGCCCAGCUGGAGAGGAACAGGAUUUACCUGGGGACCCCCUCCUGUGCAGCCCAGGUGGUUGGCAGGAACUUUAAAAUACACACCAGGUUCGACACCUGCGGCACCGAGUCCCAGAAACGCAACAACACGUCCGUCAUCGUCAGCACCCUCUACAUCGACUUCUCAGCGGGGGACCAGGAGGACGUCCACCAGUACGAGGUGCAGUGUGAGCCGAAGAGGAAGGAAGCCUCGGUGACCCUCAUCGCCGGCCCCGAGCCCUCCAGGCUCAGCCAGGCAGAAAACCUGGUGGAUGCCCAGCAGCGGGAGGGGGGAGCGACGGACGCCCACGAAAUCAAGAGCCAGGACACCAGCGACAUCGUCUUCAUCAGCAUCUGCAUCCUGGCCGGGCUCCUCAUGGUCAUCGCGGUGGUGGGGCUGGUGCUUCUGUAG